GCCCGCGCUUGGUCGAUGACGGUGCGCGGCAGGGCCCGCCUCUCUCGUACGCCCCUGACACACGGAAGAGAUGGACGCGCGUGCGCGCUCGCGCACACCGGCGCUUGUUUCACCUUUAUUUUUGGAAGAGCGAUUGAGAACGACGGCGACGACGGCGCGGCGGCUGUCACAGAGUGUUUAGACGUACGUGUGUAUGCGCGUGCCUCCGACCGAUCGCGAGCGAUGUCGAAGCGGCGAACGACGGCGAUGACGACGACGAUACUCGAGCCGACGAGGACGUUCGGCCCGACGUCGCUGACAAACGGCAAUGGCAGCCUUGCCGAGACCAGGGCGAAAACGACGCCGGCGACGAGGUUCUGGUCGAAGAUCCGCCUCAAUGAGUGGACUUUCAGCCUGUCGCUCUUCGCGUUCUCGCUCGCCAUCGUCCUGGGCAAGCUGUACGUGAAUUAUGGAAAUCUUCGGUUGUGGCAAAUCGGCGAUCGGUACGCUUUGCCGUCGGUGACAACGUUUACGCAAAUAUACGAAACAAUACCGAGUAUGUCGAUCUUACCGAAAUUUGACAUGAAACAAUUGCCGCCGGAUAGCGGGAUGCUCUUGAACACCAGUAAUCAGUACGCGGAGGCAGCCGCCGACGUGCUGAUCACAUUUUACGGGAAAUACGGGUGGCUGUUGAAAGCUAUGACGAGCGGACUUGUGAUAACGGGUUUCACUUGGUUUAUCCUUUACAAGGACAGCAGUGAACCUGGUAUCAAUCCACCGUCUCCUUUCAGUCCUUCCAGACGGAGGAUACACGGCAGCUCGAGGAUACAGAUAAAUUAUUUAGUCGGUGUACUAAACGGGAUAUUAUUUUUUGUCUAUAUGUGUCUCUAACUUGAUGGGGGACGUCAUCAAUUUUCGAAAGAUGGUUUUAUUUUUUGUCUAUUUAUAUAGUAUUAUUUAUUUCACUAAUUUAUGUUGUUGGUAGCACUGUGUUUAUUUAUGAGUAGCUCUCAUAUACAAAAAAGGAUACUAACGAUAAAGAAUCUUAGUUUUGUAGCUCUUUGGUGAUUAACAAGUUACGCAACGCUUUUAUAAGUAACCUUGUCUUCGAGCAAAUCAAAUCAAAUGUCGCGUAGGAGCGCAUUUCCCAAAAUGCGAGGAGCUUCGAAUGUGAUUCGCUAUUAGCAAGCAAAGCAAAGAACUUGCUCUACUUCUAUCGUGUAUUGGUAGUCGUCACUAUUGAGCGGCAUUAUAUACAGAAAGUAUUGAAGCUAUGGGCGUAUCCAGAGUUUUUUUGGUCUAGGUUUUUAUGUCAAUUCUAUUGAUACAUAAAUUUUUUUGCGUUAUUGAAUUAUUUUUUUGAAUGUAAAUAGAGCUGAGAAUAUUUUCUUGUUUUUUAUGUUGAAUGAGAAAAAUAUUAGAUUAUUUUGUAAUAACUUUUCCUAAAGAAAGUAAAAUUUAGUUAUUAAAAUUUAAUAUUGCUUUUGUUAUUAAACAUUUUAAUUAAAGAAUUAUGUGACAUUUUUUUCUAAAGAUGAUUUAAUCACAUCUUUAAGAUUCACAGUAGUGUUUCUGCGAAUCGAUAUAAAGACUAAGUUUUUCAAAUGAUCUUGUUCGUGAGUGUUGCUUUUAUUUCGUUAAAUGCGAAGCAUAUACUGUUUUUUAAUUCAAGAACUUUGCAAAAAUUUUUCUUAUAUGUAUAUCAAUCAUUGUCAAAGCUCUAACGAAAUUUCCAAAAUUCAUUUACAUGAUCGUAAUGAGAAAAAAAUAUUUUUGUGAUAACAAAAAACUUAUUCGGAGUUAACUUACUCAGAGUUAAUAAUUAAAAAUGAAAAAAUAAAUUUUUGACAAGUUUAAACUUGCUUUCUUCUGGAUACACCCAUGACUGAAGUCAAAUGUGGUUGUGCAGUAUGCAAUGACCAAAAAUGUUAAAGUACAAAAAAACAGACGGUUGUUCCAUACCUUCUUCUCCAAAUUUUACAUAGUUAUCUAUUGCUACUAUUUAAGACUGAUUGACUAGCUGAAAGGGCAUAUUUUUGUUAAUAAGUUGUAUAGGAGUAAGUGUUGUGAGGUACAAUUUCACUUUGUACGCAGAAUAUAUAUAUUUUUUGCAUGCUUAUAUAAAAGUAAAUAGAAGUGUGAGGCUAUUUAGUAACAUUAUAUUUGAUGCGUUUUUUGGAAGUUACAUCACAUUUUAAAAAAAUGAGUGAAAGUCUGUCAUUAGGUAACUAAGAGUAUCGCGCUUCCGAGGGAUAUUAGCAUAUAUACUAUACUUAUACAUUUAAAUUAUUUUGACGAACAUAUUCAAAUGGCGAGUAUAUUGCAGCUCUAGACAUCAAGCUUGAAAUUAUAUUUAUUUUUAAUUAUAGAUAUUUAUACAAACAGUUAUAAGAUAUUGUAAAAUUUAUAAAAUACUACAAAACAUCUUAUAAAUAUUGAGGAACGUAAGGAAUGAUAGUUAUAUGUUUCAGGGAAAUAUAUUAUGAACUGAGUAUGAACUUGGAAUAAUUCCUGGAGGUUUAUUGCACGAUAAGAGUCUUGUCUUUCCCAGAAAGUAGUCGCAGAAUUAACAUUAUAGAGAAAGAUACACUAUAAAAGAAUGCUUUAUUAUCUUUAUGAAAUAAAACGUAGACUAACUUAAAUAAGAUUUUGAAAAGGAGUAUUCAUAGAGUGUAAGCUGCGCCUUAUUGUAAAUAUUAUCGCUGUACAUGCACACGUGCGUUCUCUCUGGCGCGGAAUUUCCGCGUUCGUGGAAACUGGACACAAUUCAAUAAAUUAAAUUAUUUCCGCAUA